AUGGUAUAUGGACUUAUAUUCAUUUGCUAUCACUAUGCAUUAUACAUAGCAUUCUCAAUUCUACAUCUCUUCAUCCUGGCCUUCAAAUGUCUAUCAACAUUCAAAUCAUCCCUCUUUAACAGGACAGCAGUCGAGGAUAGGAAGAGAGUUGUGAUUGUUGGAGGUGGAUUCUCUGGCACGAUGAUUGCACAAAAGUUGGAGAAUGACUUCCAGGUCACAUUGAUAGACACAAAGGAUUACUUUGAGUUCACUCCAAGUAUCUUGAGGACAAUCGUCGAACCAACUCAUAUCAAACGUAUACAGGUAUUGCAUUCACAUUAUCUAAAGAACACCAAUGUCGUCCAGAAGAAGGUGACCGAUCUCAAUGCCGACCAAGUGUUCACAGAGGAUCGCACCAACAUACCCUACGACUACCUGGUGCUCAACUCUGGCUCCAGCUACAACUCUCCGUUCAAGGAGUCAUCCGUGGUGGCAUCGGCACGUGCCAACACAUUGCGCGAGUACUUUUAUCAUAUCAGGAAGCUGAAGCGUAUCCUAAUCAUUGGCGGUGGUAUUGUUGGCGUGGAGUUGGCAGGCGAGAUUGUCAGCCACUUCAAGGGCAAGGAGGUGACACUGAUCCACUCCCAGUCCCAGCUAAUGAACCGAUUCCCCAAGAAAGCCGUGCGAUAUGCGGAGCGCUACCUGCUGGACCACAAAGUGAGGAUCAUCUACAACGAGCGAGUGAUUGCACACAAGGAGAACAUCUUUAUCACGGACCAUGGCAGCGAGAUCGUGUCCGAUCAGGCAUUCCUGUGCACGGGUAUCGUGCCCAACUCGGACUACUUGAAGAAGUCCUACCCCAAUACCAUCUCAGAGUUUGGCUACAUCAAGUCCAAUGACUACCUGCAGAUGGUCGGCUCGUCCUACCACAAGAACAUCUUUGUGUCGGGCGAUGUGCUCAAUGUUCGCGAGGAGAAGUUGGCGCAGACGGCCGAGAGCACGGCAUCUGUCGUCGUGCAGAACAUCUACGCGAUGGAGUCGCGAAAGGAGAAGUUGACCCAGUACAAGUCCUCGGCCAAGCCCGUCCUAAUCAGUCUUGGCAAAUACUGCUCCAUCUUUGUAUACAAAGGAUGGGUACUCACCGGAUUCAUUCCAGCACUUCUCAAAGAGGCUGUCGAGUGGAAGACCAUGAUAAGAUAUUGGUAA